AUGUCUUCACCACCACCAUCGUCCUCCUUCGCGAAGCGGUGUAGUAUCUUUAAUGGCGAUAAUCUUCGGCCCCUCUUCAAGUUUUCCCAGCUCACCCAACUUCAUUUCGAGGUCGUCUGUACCAUGACCUUGACUGACAAACUCGUCAUCGACCUCGGUCGCGCACUCCCCUGCCUAGAAGACCUCAUGCUGAACGGACUAUACGGCUGCCAAACACGUUCGAGCGUCACGUUUUACGGUCUCUUUUGGCUUCUGGCACUUUGCCCUCGCCUUUACGAAUUUGGCCUCGCCUUCGACGCCGAAGACCUUAGCGCUGUAAACCCUACCUCUGACGUCCCACCCGAGAAACGCGCUCCGAUACCUCCACCACACGACACGUCAGUGCUCUUCGUGGGCGACUCGCGAAUCAGGUAUCCUCGGAAAGUCGCUACACUCCUAAAGGACGUCUUUCCUCGCCUGAGUUCUAUCGCCUGUUGGAAAGAGAGUCCAGAUCUGCCGUUCGAUAGGGACCGAGCUGAGGAGGCCGAUUUGCACAGGUGGCGCUGGAAGAGGGUAGAGGAAUACAUGAAGUAG